AUGCACAAAUACGGUGCUCACGGCUGUACUGACAUCACCGGUUUUGGUAUAUUGGGCCAUGCGGAGAACCUGGUCCGAAUUCAACAGUCCUCGGUCCUUUUUCAUAUACACACACUACCUUGUCUUGCUGGAGCUUGCCAAUUAAGCAGCCUCUUAGAUGACCGAUUCAAACUGUUCUCUGGAUUAUCGCCAGAGACUUCAGGUGGUCUUCUAGUUGCUCUUCCGGCAAAAUCUGCUGAGACCUUCUGCAGGGAGCUUACUGAGAUCGACGGCAAUCCUGCCUGGAUAAUAGGAGAAGCAUUGACUAGUACUGAGCGCAAGGUGAUUCUCGCUGAAAAGCCUGUUAUCUUGGAAGUCAACCAUUGCGACGUUCCACAAUCCGCUGUCUGUUGCGAAAAUUAA